CAAUACAGUAAAAAAUGGACAAUUUAGAAUUAAAUCCCUCUAUCAGCUUUUCCAAUGGUCUGUCUGUUCCUAAUCAUUUCAAGGCUUUCACCAACUUUAUGAACAUACAAAGCAAGAUUCAUGCUGACAAGCCAUUCGCAAGCUACUACCACAAUGGAAGCUUUAAGGAUUUAUCUUACUCUCAAGUCAAUUGUAUGGCUACCAAUUUAGCGUGCAAAUGGGCAAAGGAUGCUCAAAACACUGAAGUCCUUUCCUUCAUCAGUGAUCACGGCGUGAACUAUUUAAUUGUCAUGUUGGCUAUGAUGAAACUGCGUGUCACGAUGAUGGCCAUCUCACCUCGUAACUCUGAAGCUGCCGAUGUUAGUUUAUUAGAGAAGACAAAAUCCAAGUUGCUGAUUGCCAAUGUAAAGUAUGAAAAUAUUGCCAAAUCAGUUUCUGCUCAAGUACCGGGUGUGAAGCUCAUCGUCUUAGAACCACUUGACAUCAAUACUUUAAGUAAAGAACCUCUCAAUCCUGACCAUCAAAAACUACUCAACACCACUUUCUCUGAUAGCGACAUCGAAAAAAGUGCGUUGAUUAUUCAUAGUUCCGGAUCAACUGCUUUUCCCAAGCCAAUUUAUCUCAGCAACCGAUAUCUGUUCAACAUGAUCAAUCUUACCCAUUUUAAUAUCAACGAUAAAGAAGGUUUAGACAGUCUUGACGAUACUGACUGUUUUCUUUCUUGCGGUCCUCUUUUUCAUAUUUUUGGUUUUUUUGCUAUAUUUACCAUGGCUACAGUUGGUGGAAAAGUUGCCUAUUUGGAAAAGCUUCCCGCUUCUCAAGCAGAAAUUAAUUUUGCUCUUAAGGCCAACAGAUGUACUGCUAUAUGCGCUCCUCCACUCAUUUUCGAACAAAUGAUCCCUUACCUCAAAGAAAAGAACGAUUUCUCUGCCGUUAAUCGACUCAAAAUAGCCAUUUAUGGCGGUGCUCCCCUCAAACAUGAAGCAGGAGAAUGGCUUCAUGCUCAUGGUUUGAAUGUUCGUGAUGUUUAUGGUACUACUGAAAUUGGUGCUGUUAUGUCUUCUGAAUUUAAUCCCGUCAGCAAAAAUUGGGGUAGUCUUGCGCCUUAUCAGAAAGACCCAUUUGGUGAAUAUUAUGCUGUAUUUGAAGUAAACGACGAAUCAGACCCUUCUGUUAAGCAUCUGUACAUUCGUGGUGACUCCCCUUCCUUGGCUACUGGCGUAUCUAAUCGUCCCGACGGUGGUUUUAAUACCAAUGAUCUCUUUAAGGAAAACCCUAAUUUUCCCGGUUUCUAUGACUACUUAGGUCGCCGCGAUGACACCUUAAUUAUGGAGAACGGCGAGAAAACUAAUCCUGUUCCAAUGGAAGCUACUAUUCGUCAACACCCUACUGUCAAACAGGUCGCUGUUAUUGGUCAAGGACGUCAAUGUACUGCUGCUUUAAUUCAGGUCGACAUGGAUUUCGCUAUUAAUUCCAGUCCUGAAGACAUUAUUUCAGAUGUUCAAGAUGCAGUCAAAGAAGCUAACAAGGAUUGUCCGGGCCAUAGUGUCAUUCUCCCUCAAAUGGUCAAAAUUCUCCCGCUCAAUCAAACUUUGCCUUCCACUGACAAAGGAACUGUUAUGCGUAAAAAAGCGGAAUCUGCUCAUCAAGAUUUAGUAGAAAAGCUUUACAAAAAUUUCCUUGAAGGUCCUUCUCGCGAUACAUCGAACACCGAUACAUCUACAUGGAACGCUGAAGAAGUUAGAAGCUUCAUUAUUACCUGUGCUUCUGAGGUUCUUGACAUCUCUAAAUCUACAUUCCAUGACCACGAUCAAUCCGUAUUUGAUCACGGCCUUAACUCACUUUCAUCCAUUCAACUUCGUAAUCGAAUUGCUGAAUACUUUGACGAUGUACCUCAGAAUUUUUUGUUCCAGCAUCCGAGCGUAUCCUCUAUGUGUGAAGCCCUUAUGAAUAACCAGCAAGAAGACCCAACAGAGCAAAUGGAAAAACGGUAUCAACAAACUCAAGAAUUAGCAAUUGAGUAUCUUAAGAAGGCCAAGACUGAUUUCCCCGUCGCUACCAAUACCUAUAAUAGGGACACGGAUAAAGUGAUUUUGUUAACUGGUGUUACAGGCUCUCUCGGUUCUUUUAUGUUACGCGAUUUGUUAAAGGAUUCCUCGGUCAAGAAGGUAUAUGCUGUUAUUCGUGGUAAACAAGAGCAAUUAUGGGAUCGUUUGUUGAACGCCUUUGAGUCCCGUUCUCUUGAUACUAGUCUUUUGAAUACUGAUCGUGUUGAGGUACUGCCUAUGCGUUUUGGUGAACCUUUUCUUGGUUUUGGCGAAGAAAAAUAUCAUCAACUCAAAAACAAAAUCACGAUUGUUCAACAUUGUGCUUGGCUUUUGGAUUUUAAUAUGCCUGUUGAUCAUUAUGACAAGGAAUGUAUCACUCCAUUCUACAACCUGUUGAAAUUUGCCCACCGACCAGUCAAUCCAAUGCAUGUCCAUUUUGUCUCAAGUAUCUCUGCUAGUGCUGCCUAUGGCUCUAACAUCCCGGAGGAGCCACUACCUCUAGAUUCCCAUGUCUGUAUGCCAAUGGGUUAUGCUCACUCCAAGUUUGUAGUCGAAAUCCUACUCAACUAUUUGACUAGCGAAAAGAACUUUCCUUGUUACACGGAGCGUCUUGGUCAAGUGUGCGGCGAUUCUAGUAAUGGUGUGUGGAACAUCUCUGAACAAUACCCUUUAAUGUUCAUUGGUGGUGGAUCUAUUAUGCAUAAAAUGCCCGGUCUGGAUACGACUAUUGAUUGGAUCACUGUUGAUUACGCUGCUGCUUCUAUCGUUGAUAUCAUGCUUCGCACUGCCUACUUCCCUGCUGACAAGGCUCAAUCUAUCUAUCACAUUGUGAAUCCUCAACAUAUUAGUUGGAACAAUGUACUUCAGUCUAUGAAAAGUGCUGGUAUGAAAUUUGAUGUCAUUUCUCCUGCUGAUUGGGUCAAAGAAUUAUCCAAGCACGAUACCAACCCUGCUUACAAAUUAAUGAGUUUUUACGAAGCAAACUUCCAGGAGGCUUUUGAAAUGCCAGUUUGGGAAACCACAAAAACCCGUAACCUCACACCUAUUAUUGCUGAUUCACCAAUUCUGGAUUCAAACUUGUUUAGUAAAUUCUUGAAUCGUUGGGAAUCUGUAGGAUUUUAUAACCCAACCAAUUGACAUCAUAUUCAAACACGUUACCCAAGUUCAUACUUUAGAAAAUAAAAAAUCAUUUCCCAUUUA